CUCUGAUGUCACCGCCUUGGUCCUGCCUCUAGAGUGGAGCAGCAGGCAUAGGGCUGGGUGCUGUUCAUUGUACGCUGGGAAUGGCUUGUACCUCCUGUUAGGAUCUGCCCUGAUCUCUGAGCUCCCUGGUCAUAAGGUCACACACCCCGCCGCUGAAAGCAAGCCAAGAUGUCUGACGAUUUCGGUUUCUUCUCGUCAUCUGAGAGCGGGGCUGCAGCAGAGACCGAAGAGGAUCCAGCCGCUGCUUUCCUGGCCCAGCAAGAGAGCGAAAUAGCUGGUAUAGAGAAUGACGAAGGCUUCGGGGCAGUACUGGUGGGCAGCCAGGCGUCCUCUAUGGAGCAGUCAGAUGGAGGCGGAUUCGAUGACCUAGUGACCACUCCGGUUAAUGGAGACUUAGGCCAGGAGUCUAGUGGAGUCAAUGAUGGGUAUGCGGCUAUAGCCCAAGCUGAUAGACUAACCCAGGAACCUGAAAGUCUUCGUAAAUGGAGAGAAGAACAGAAGGUGCGACUGGAGGAGUUGGAUGCAGCUGCCAAGGUAACAGAACAGGAAUGGAGAGAGAAGGCCAAGAAAGACCUAGAAGAGUGGUACCAACGUCAGAGUGAGCAAACCGAAAAGAAUAAGGUUACAAACAGGAUUGCGGACAAAGCAUUUUACCAGCAGCCUAAUGCUGAAGUCAUUGGUUACGUGGCUUCAGAUGAAGCAUUGGUGUCAGAGACCAAGGAUGAAGACACCGGGUCUGAAUGGGAGCGUGUUGCCCGCCUUUGUGAUUUCAAUCCCAAGAGCAGCAAGCAGUCUAAAGAUGUGUCCCGCCUGAGAUCAGUACUUAUCUCCUUGAAACAGACACCGCUGUCUCGCUAGAUUUGUCCUACAACCUCCCCUUCUCACCUACUUGCUUCACACCAAAGAUUCCAUCCUUGCAGGUCUGAGGCCCAUUCACUUACCCCCUUAAUGUUAACAAGAUCCAGACCCCGAUACUCUCCCCUGUACAUCCUUCAGAUGAACUGUAAAUGCAAUCUAAAUACCAGAUCCGACUUCAUCCAGUUACUCUACUAGGUUAAUGUUUGGUACAUUGAGGCUGUGUUACCGGGAGCAUGCGGCAGCUGUGAGCUUUUGCUUGGGGGAAUUAAUGUGUUUUUUCUGUCAGUGUGUGUGUCUGGCUUUUAUCAAUGCUUGCUCGUAUAUUUUACAUAAGGUGUUCUGGAAAUGAAAAGCCUGUUUGCAAGGAGAUUGCACAUUAAACUCUUAAACAGA